AUGCCUUCUAUCUCAACACAAUACACUCCUUUCGAAAGCCUACUAUUUCUCCAGUCGAUAGCGCGCAAUGGAGCAGACUUCUCUAUCUUCCCUACCAUCUCGCUCUCGCUCAACACGAACCGACUCGUGCAGAGCGAUGAAAAAUAUGACGCUCAGAGGCUUGCGCCUGAAGCGCUGAAAUCGUUGUAUGAUGAGCUGAUCAACGUGGAAGAUGUCACAUCAGCAGCGGUCAAUGAGAGCCAUUCAGGAGGCGAAAGUAUCUCGCAGAAUAACAGCUUGUCCGCGCCGCUAGAGGAUUCUGGGAGGGAUAACGGUACAGCAGCGAAGGCAUCGCAAAUAGCAGACCGUUUCUACUCGCGGUACAAGGAACGCAUCAUACAGGAACUUACGGAUGAGGAGAAGAAGUAUCAAACCCUAGUGGUCGAGAUCAAAUCCCUGGAAGACGAAAAUAGCGAUGCAAGGAAGCCUGAGGAGGCGGUCAUCCAGAAUGGGCUUUCUAUUGCGGACCAGCUACCGUCUUCUAAUGCAGAUGAAUCCGUUCUCCCUGCGAAGGAUGCUCCUGUCACUACGGCCCGUCCUGCACCUGAUGGCAUGUCUACCACAGGAGCGAGAUCGAAGGAAGAGCAGCCACAGCUUGCAGAAAGCAGGCUUCAACACCCACCUCCUGGGCAGAUGUUACCGCCUCAAACUCCCAGUUUAGAACCCUCGUUUCCACCGUCUCCAUCCGCUACAGCAGCAGUUCAACGUCCGACAGCUCCAGUAUCACAAGCGUCGCCAGUACCACCGCACGCGAUCCCGGUGCCAGGCCAGCAACAGCUGCCGAAUUUUCCUCAGCGGUAUUCGCCGAUGCAACCACCGUUACCCCUACCAUCUACCACAUCGCCCCGGUCGUCAAAUGCACUGCCACCGAUUUCUAGCAUAGUGCCACAGCCUCCACCACAAAAGACAUCCCCUGCUCCAAGGAAGUCUUCUGGCACUGGUGCAUCGCGGGCAUCACCACUAUUGCCAUCACCUUCCCCGCCGUAUCAACAGCCGCCUCCAUAUGGCUAUCCCUAUCCAGCAUGGCCACAGUACAAUUCGCCGACGUCGCAGUAUGCAAACCCACAAUUCUAUCCCCCGCAUCCCAUGACACGAAAUCUACCGCCAGCGCAAUCGCCCAGCUAUAAUCAGUAUCCAUCUUACCAUCACCCAGCUCUCCCAAAUCAAUACAUUCCAGGGCCAUACCCGCAUCCACCGGUACAUGGUCAGACUCCUCCAUAUGCCCCAUUUCCAUGGUCAGGGCAGCCUCCCGCCGUUGUUACUACACCUUCUGUCAAGCGAUCUCUCGAUCGUCCUGGCGUCCGAGCUCCUAGAACAUCUACACCCUGGACCCCAGGUGGCACUCGACAAGGAAGCCCAGAACGGCCUGUUCGAGAACGAGAUGUCAGUCCUUUGAGUGAUCGCGCUCCAUCACCGGACGAACCGAUUAAAGAAAGCAAAGAAGCCGAGCGGAACACGACUCCCAAAGACAGUCCACCUAAGGCUGUUUCUAAGCGAGUCCCGGCUCGCAAUCUACAUGGCCGACGUGCAGGUAGUACCCAAUCUUCUGCCCUCGCUUCCCGAAGUAGAUCUCAGUCUGCAGCUUCUAUCGCGUCGGAAAGCCACCCUGGACGUGCUGUGGGUACAAAACUAGCCAGUUGCAAGAUCAAACAUGAGGCUCCUUCAACUCCUGCCCCUCUCACCUCAGACAGCGAACAGAGGUCAUCGGGUCGUCGAAGAGGUCGAAGUGAUGGACUGCAACCAGCGGCAUCCGAGCUUGCACGUACCAGCAGCAAACGCAAACGUGAGAUGGGCACGGAUGCAUCGCCAUCCCCGUCUCUCCCAACCCCACGCCCGUUCGGCAGCCGCAUCAGACCAAGACCCGAACCAGCCGACCCGUCCCUUGUUGCCAUCACCCGGAACUUCGCUCGAAAGGCCGCACCUAUCCUGAACGACGUUAAUGCGCACAAACUCGCUGGUAUCUUCGCCAAACCGCUGACGGAACGCGAUGCACCGGGCUACAAGGAUCUGAUCUACAGGCCGCAAGACCUGAAAAGCAUCCGCGCCGCCGUUGGACGUGGGAGUCGAGCCGCAAAUGCCAUGAUCGACGAGCUAGAAAAUGCUAAGGCUGCUGAAGCCGGUCAAGAGAGCCCUGCGGCGGCGAUUACUACCAAAGCAAGCACCACCACUCCGUCUGGCUCAAUCCUAGUGAGCAAGACAGAAGAUCUAACGCCACCAAAAGGCAUCGUGAAUUCCGCCCAGCUAGAAAUGGAAUUCAUGCGCGUCUUUGCCAAUGCGGUCAUGUUCAACCCUUUGCCACCAUCGGAGCGAGGUGUUCCGCCGGAGCUCAAGAAGCUGACAGAUAGCACGAAUCAGCGUCUCCGAUCGCGCAAGUCGAGAUCCAAGGAAGCAGACGAUGCUGGCGGUGGGGGUGGAAAUGGCGAAGAUGACGCUGCUGCUGCUGCUGAGGUGGUGGAGAAGAAGGGCUACGCCGUCGAGGAAGAAGGUGGAAUUAUCCACGAUACGAGGGAGAUGUUUGCAAGUGUGGAGAAGGCGGUGCUGCAGUGGCGGAGUGUCGAGCAGGGGUAUAUUGAUGAUGUGCCGAGGAGUAGCGCAGGGCUUGGGUUGGCGGUAGGGUUGGGUUUGAGGGUUGGAAGUGUUAGUGCCAGUGUGAGCGAUGUGCCGGCGGAGGAGAGUGGACUGGAAGAAGGGGAGCGGGAGCGGGAUCGGGAUCGGGAUGUUGCGUCUGGGAACACGAGGAAGCGGAGGAGGUUGGCGGAAUAG